AUGGCUGCCCCUCCAGAGGUCACGAUGCACGACUUCACAGGUUCCUGGUUACUAAACAAAACCCUAUCCGACUCGUUCGACUCCGCCUUCGUCCUCCAAGGCAUCCCCUGGAUAAUCCGCAAAGUCAUCAGCCUCGCGACCCUAACCAUGAAAAUCGCCCACUCGGUCGACGAAUCCGGCGUCCCAACCGUGAUCUUCACGCAAGCUGCCUCCGUCGCCAUCGCCGGUCUGAGCGAAGAGAUAGAAACGCGGUGGUUGGACGGCCGAGAACAACUUCACUCGUCGUCUCUGUUCGGCACGUCUUCCGCUCGGACUCGCAUGAUCUGCUUUGAUACUGCUACUGGGUAUGACGGCAAGCCGCUGGAUGCGUUAUUGACGAAGGACUUUCUGCGAGAGGGGAAAGAGGGUGAAGAGGAGUUUUUGUUUGAUCUUGUUGUGCAUCAGACUAGGGGCUGGGUUAUGGAACAGAUUUGGGGGUUUGGUAUGCUGAAUGGGGAGAGAAGGCUGCUGAGGAAGAUGGGCUUGAAGAAAGAAGGGGAGACGGUUUAUGUUACGGCUUGGUAUGAUUGGAAGGGGAGAGAUGAUGGUGAUUGA